ACUUAUUCAGAUAAAAUUUAUCAGAUUUUUUUUUAAAGUAAUUUUUUCGUUGAAUCCAAAACUUUUUUUUUUUUUCCCUUUUUGAAGAGAAGAAUCCAUAAAAUUAAAGCGUGUUCGAUAACUUUACACUAGAAUAGAUUAGAUCUAAGUCGGUUACAAAUAACGUUAAUUAGUAAUUAGAUAAUUUAGAAUAUUAUAAGAUUGUUGGAAGUUGUAAUAUUAAACUCUUUUGAAUAAUUCUAAUCUAUGUUAUAGAUUAUAUCAAAUAAUAUAAUUUAAAUAAUUUAAAAAUUUAUACUAGUUAUAUUAGAACAUUUCCUAAUUAGAUUUAGAUUCCAUGCAUGGGAACGGCGAAACAGACUCAAAUUAUUAUUAUGUUUUAAGAACUUAUAUAUGCAAAGCAGCUAAAGCGAGCAUCAAUCUUCCUCUCCCGAGUCCUGCUUAAGCCAACAACGACAAUGGCGAAGCGCCCACUGUCUCCCUGUCCGAAGGAGAGCCCAACGACGACGACGGCGAAGCGCCUUCGUCUCCGCAGUAGCAGCGAAGAAGAAGAUGGCGGCGGUGCUGCCGACCGCAUCAGCGCCCUCCCCGACGCCGUCCUGCAGCGCAUCCUCUCCCUCCUCCCCAUCUCCGCCGCCGCCCGCACCUCCGCCCUCUCCCGCCGCUGGCGCCUCCUCUGGACCGCCGUCCCCUCCCUCAACCUCCACCACCACCACCACCCCCCCGCCGCCGACAGCAGUAGCUCCUACCACCGCUUCGUCCUCUCCAUGCUCUCCGCCCUCCUCCGCCGCUCCUCCUCCGACGCCGUCUGCUCCCUCCGGUUCCUCGCCGACCAUCCUCACAUCGCCGACGCCGCCGGCUACUCCUCCUCCUCCUUUCCGUGCUGCGCCGCCGAUGAGAUUGCCGCCUUCGCCCUGCGGAGCGGCGCGCAGGAGCUCUCCCUCGACUUCAAGAUCUCCUCGCGGGAUUCGAUCACGGACAUCACCGAAUGCCUCGAGGACAAGGAAGUCGGCGAGACGUACAGCUACAAACUCCUGCACCGGCUGCCGCCGAGCCUGCUCAAGCUCUCGCCGUCGCUGCGCGUGCUGCGGCUGAAGGACUGCAGGAUCCGCGUCCCCUCCGCCGCUGCCGCCGGCGGCGGCCUGCUGGCGCCGCAGCUGGAGACGCUAUGGCUGACGAGGGUCUACCCGGCGGAAGGCGGCGACGGCCGUAUCCAGCCGCUGCUCGACGGGCUGGUCGCCGGCUGCCCGAAGCUCGAGAGCUUGGGGCUGGAGGGCUACCCGAUGGGCUGGCAGCGGAACGCGGUCGAAUUCGUCGUCCCGCCGAGCGAGGAUCUGACGCUGAGCUGCCGGCAGCUGAUCCACCUGACCGUCAGGUGCUGCCACUGCUUCCGGUCGGUGCAGGUCGACGCGCCGCGCCUCGAAUCCCUGCAGUUCGUGGGGGAGGUGCCUCCGGGCUACCGGUUCGUUCUGGUCGGCUCGCCCGGCCUCGUGCGUGCGGAAGUCGUGUACUGCUACUGCCCCAACAGAUACGUUUUCGACGCGGAGGAAAGGCGGAAUGGACUACUGCAGAAGCUUAGCCACGUGCAGUCCCUAAGCAUUCAAUCUCGAACCCCCAUGGAUUAUCUGGUUUCAAGAAGAGUAGGGGAUAAGACCCCUCCCAUAUAUCGCCAACUUAGGACCUUGGAGCUGCAAGGCACUUUCCCUUCAUUUUAUUUGGAGGAUGAUGCGAGUAUCAGUUACAUAUUGAGCUUCCUUGGAGAAAUGCCCAUACUGGAGCAUCUCACUCUAGGAUUAAGCAGCAAGAUUUGGCCAAUCGAUUCGAGUGAUGAGACAAACGAGUUGUUUGUUUUGAAGAAACAUUUCUGGGAUGAAGAAUGUGAAGUUCCAGAGCUGGAAGGGGUUACUGUCAAUUGCUUACAACAUUCUCUAAAAACCAUAAAGAUUACGGAGUUCUACGAAAUGGAGAUUCACAUUACUCUGGUUAAGUAUUUACUUCGAAAUGCAUUCAAAUUAGAGGAGAUGUGGGUUCGCGGUGGCCCGGCACUUUAUGCGGACCAUUUAAGGAUCCAGCAGGAGCUACUAAAGUUAAGAGCAGAUUCAAGCACUAAGAUUACUUUGAUAUAACUUCCCUCCAUUGUUGCAUUAUCUGUCUUUUUUGUUUUAAUUACUAAUUAAAACCCAUCAACAUUAGAGGUUUCAAGUUCUAUGUAUUGAUGAAUGUACAGUCUGAUUUCAGCAGUUUUUGACCUGGGCUGCCUGGAUUGAGGACUUCUAUUUUUUUUUAUGGUAUUUCUGGGCCAUCUUCACGAGUGACAACAGAGAGGAUAUUAUCCGAAAAUAUUCGUAUUUAUAUUGAAUAUUAUUUGUAUCUGAAUAAAAUAUUUGGAUCUGGUUGGAUAUAGAUGCGAGUAUAGUUUUA